AUGGCAAAUAUUAAUAGUAAAAAAAGACAAUUUGAAGAAGAAUAUGAAUGGGGUGGAUUAGAUAAUUUAAUGGGUUUAAAUCCAAAAUCAGAAAGAAGUGAUGUUAAAGCUAGUAUAUUUGACUUAAAUAAAAUUAGAGACUCUAUUUUAUUUGAAAAAAACAGAUUUAGUUUUUGUUUAUCACCACCAAAAGAAAAACCAGAUACAUUUAAAUUUACUAAAGAACCAAAAAGAUCAACAUCACCAAAAAAAUCAAUUUCACCAAAUAGAUCAAAAUCUCCAGAAUCAAAAGAAAAUCUUCAACCAAAUAAACAACAAUCACCACAUCAACAAGCAUUACUAAAGAAACAAAAAGAACUGCCUCCCUCAAUUCAAAACCAACAAAAUCAUCAAUAUAAUACAAGAAAAAUACCAACAUCAUUACCACAAAAUGGAGUUAAUAAACAAAACAAUAAUAAUAUAACUCAAACAACUGUACAGACUACUGCUACAACGAUACCAAACACCAAUAAUAACUAUAAUAACUAUAAUAACAAUAUAAAUAAUAAUAAUAAUAAUAAUAAUAAUAAUAACAAACCAAUGUCAUUAUCAAGUAUCUCAAGCUCACCAAUAAAACCACAAAUCUCGAAUAAUGUAACAAUAAAAAGAUUUUCAACAAACCAACAACAACCUUCAAAAAGACAACAACUUGAUUCUACAAAUAAUGAUACCAAUACAUUUAAAAAUAGACCACCAACACCAACCAAAUCAAAUACACCUCCAUUAAAUAUUUUAUCCCAAAAACCUCCAUUAACACCAAAUAGAAAUAACCAACAGCAAAUGACAACAAAUGAUUUACUUAAAACUUCUGCAGUAUCCUCUUCAUCAUUAAAUAGAUCAACACUAACUAAAAGUUUAAACAAUGGUAUAACAUCAUCAACAACAACAACAACAACGACAACAAAUAAUGAAACAAAAGAAAUUAUAAAUAAACUUGAAAACAAAAUUAAAAUAUUAGAAAUGGAAAAUAAAAUAUUUAGAAAUUCAUUAGAUAAUAAGGACAAAUCAAUUGAAGAUUUAUCAAAUAGAGUUUCUGAAUUAGAAUUCCAACUUGCAAAUUUUAUGGUUGAAGUUAAAAUGUUUUUUAAUGAAAAUAAUUCUCAACAAUAA